AUGGUUUCUGGUUCAACUUUGGAGGUCGUUGAACAUGGCAACAGCAAAGAUAAAUCAAAUGAUGCUGCUGGUGAUGAAGAAAAUCAAAAAGCCUUAUUAUCAGGUAUCCCAAUAACACGUGGAAAUUAUUUAAAUGUCAAAUUACUUCAAGCUCACGAGCAGUAUAACUAUAAAAUGAUUUCUAAAAAAAGUAAAAAGAAAUUUUUGUAA